AUGUCCGGCCGUCAGACUGGCAGAGGAUCGCAUCGCGGCGGCGGCGGCGGCAGGGGCGGAGGUGCCGGCCGCGAUCGGCAGCGUGGUCGAGGUACCUUCGCGCAGCAUCGACAGCCUCGCGACUCCGGAUACGCUCCGAGAGCACCCCGCCACAACGAUGCGGGCGCUCCCACGCAACCGAUGACGAACAGCUUCAGCGGCUCGCUCUGCUGUGACCAUGUCGAUCCGAACCCGCCUUCGUCGUCCACAGAGCCAUCGACGGAACCCUACCGAUGCCCCUUUCGCACCCACUCGCAGCUCGCUCUCACGCUCCACAAGGCGGACCGCCACCUUGUCUAUCCCGAGGGCGGCAUCGAGGAGCUCAAGAAGCUCGAUCCUAUGCACAUCGCCGAGCAGCGCGAACAGCAGCGUCGUAUGCGCCAGCAACAGAGGCGAGCCCAAGCUUCUGCCCCGCAAGCGUCCGCCGUCAAGCAGAACGCAGAGCACACUGACUCGGACAGCGACGACUCUGACCAAGACGAUGACGACUCAAACUCUUCCGACUCGGGAGAUGACGAGAGCCACGCUCCGAAAACCGCAGCGACAAAGCAAGAUGGCCGCAUCCUCGACGGGCCCGCGGAUGCUACGAUCUCGGGCCUCAACAUCCAGCUCGACUCUCCCGAACUCAUCGCCGAAUGGAUCAACCAACGCAAAAAGCGCUGGCCAACACAGCAAGUGCUUCAGCAGAAGCUCAGGGAGAAAGAGGAACGUCAAAAGAGGAGCGAGAUGAUCUAUGGCCCGCGGCCACCUCCGCACGGCAAACGACCCCAGACUUCAUCCGAGUCAGGCCAGCACGACAAGAGGCCCAAGCUGGAGGCAGGCGCCGAUGCGACGGCACACGUUGAUCCAGACGCGCAUACCGCCGAAGACGGCAAAGACGACAGCGACUCGGACGACGGAGCACCGGAGGAGGUGUCUUCGAAAGCGCCCGAUGCGGCAGUGCAAGAGCAAGCCGCAGCCGACGCCUCAGCCUCCACACCGAGCGCUGAGCGGCAAGAUCGUCGGCCCAUCUGCACGCACUUUCUGCAGGGCCGCUGCAGCUACGGCGAUCGAUGCAACAAGCGACACGAGACGACGCCAGCCAGCGCACCCGCCCCCCGCGGCUCGAACCAAGCUCACGCCGAAAGGACACAGCGCCGACCUCAUCCGCGAGCACCACCGACGAAUCCGUUCGACCAGCCGGACCUGCUGCGCCAGCUGCUGCGCAACGAGAUCGAGAAGCACGUCGAUGCCGUUGGACAGGCGAUCCGCUUCAUUGUGGAUAACGACAUGCUGCUGCACGUCGAGACAGAAGAGGGCCAGGCGGAGGAGCAGAGAAAGACGAGGGCAAAGAUCCAGGUGGUUCCUGCUGCCGAGGCGUCACCAGAGGGUGAAGGCUCGACUGGUGUCGAUGGGGUCGAGCCGGUGCUGGGCGAGCCGGUGAUUGCGGGUGGGAUGGCGAUGGUCAAGUCGGCCGAGUCGGGGCAAGCAGAGGCACGCGCAUCGCUGUAUCGCCCGGCGUCACCUGCGCUGCGACCGCUUAACGAGCUCAAGUACCCACCCGAGCCCGAUCCGCUGAUCUACCUUGAUCCACUGCGGCGCGAUGAUCCGAAGCCACUGCUUCCUUCGCAGCUGGUUCGCAUUGCCAAGGACCCGGUUCUGCGGUCGGUGCUCACCCCCACCACGCCUUUGCACCCGCACGGAGCCAAACCGGCCGCACUCGAGCGCGCCAUCGUGUCGCUCGACGCGCUCCCCUCGGACCUCUACCGCAAUGCGGCGAUCGAGAUGAUCCUCGGCAUAGCAUCCACGCCCGCCACUGCCGGACCUGGCGGGUUGGUGGUGGUGUCGAAAGACGGACGUAGGAAGGUCAGCGAGACGGAUCUGUUCCGGAUGGGACUCAGAGUAGGCGGAGACGAGGUGCUGGCGAUCAAGAAGAUCGCCGAUCGGCUGAGUGUGUUGCUCGACACCUCGCUGCAGUUGGACGAGGUGGGGGAGCAGGAUUGGGCCUUGUUGGAUCGCGAGCAGCGCGACGAGAUGCGCAGGCUGCACUACGAUCGAGAGGCCGAUCGGUUGCAAAGACUCAGGAAACUCGGCAUCGAUGUCUAG